UGAGGGCCGACACACAUCGAGUGAAGAUGGCGAUGAGCACAGCGUUGCGGUGCCUCUCUGCAAACUUUUCGCCCAGACUGCCUCAAUUCUCGUCUGCAGCACAGGUUGCAGCGAUUCGGCUGCUGUGGAGGAACAGCUCUCCUCGGAAACUGAGCACGACCUCGGUCCUAUCCACAGCACUUAAGUUCACAGAUAAGCACGAGUGGGUGCGAGUCGAGGGCGGCAUUGGCACAGUUGGUAUCAGCAGUUAUGCUCAGGAAGCAUUAGGUGAUGUGGUAUACUGUGGACUCCCUGAAGUUGGCCAAGGACUUGAACAAAUGGAGGAGUUUGGUGCUUUGGAAAGUGUAAAGGCUGCCAGUGAGCUUUACUCACCACUGACAGGAGAGGUAACUGAAAUCAACACAGAGCUGACAGAGAAUCCUGGACUUGUGAAUAAAGCCUGCUAUGCAGAGGGGUGGCUAAUCAAGAUGACGAUUGCAAAGCCUGAAGAACUGGAUGGCCUCAUGGAUCAAGCUGCGUAUGAUAAAUUUAUUAAGUCACUUGAAGAAUAAUUCAGUAAAUUCACUGUACUGUGAUGUAAUUACAAUCUAAGAUUAGUAGGCUGGGUUACUAACAUCUUGUGUGACUCACUUCUUUGUCUGUGGUAUUUAUUUUGAUACUGGAAUUGUGCUAUCAAAAUAAUUUUAAAUACUUUGUAACAACAACCACUUCGAAGGUUAGGAUUUGUUUUAGCCACUAGCGACCCAAAGGGCUCUUAAUCUCAAGAUCUAUCUGUAUUAUCAGGUCUUGUUUCUGGUGUUUUGCUCCAGUUUUAAAUGUACACAGUGCUAAAAGACUGGAAAGUGAUUGUAAGUGCUGUGUGACAUUCAUUUAAUAAAAUUUAAACUUGAAAUUAAACAA